GCGCCGAUAUAUUAGAGGCGCGUAAAGAGAAGCUCAUUUCCACCUUAAAGGAUUACGAAAAGGUGCAAAUGGACAUACUGAGCAUUGAUGAGGGCGACGGUGAACAGGUGGGAGAUAUUGAAGAGAAAUACUAUUCCAUAUUAGCAAAAAUAAAUAGUUCUCUUAAAAUGUUAAAUACAAAAGUGACUUCGGAGUGCCACAACGCAUCCACAUGUAAGUUACCCACAAUUGAAAUACCCUUUUACGACGGAAAGGACUUCACUAAAUUCAAACCCUUUUUUGACUUAUUUACUGCUGUCAUUGAUCAGAAUAGCUCGCUGUCUGAUGUGCAAAAGCUUUUUUAUUUGAGAAAGUACCUACAGGACGAUGCGUUGGCGGUUAUUCUGAACUUGCCGUUGGUAAAUGAGUCAUAUAAAGAAGCAAUACAAUUGUUAAAAAAGAGAUUUGACAACAGGGCUAGAUUGGUUGCAAAUCAUAUAAGUAUAUUGUUAGAUAUUUCUAAUAUACAAAAGGGCACAGCGGCUUCCUUACGAACAUUUGUUUCACAAAUAAAUCAACAGAUGCAUGCAUUAAAAAAUUUAGAUGAACCCGUUGAUAAAUGGGACAUGCUUUUAAUAUCAAUUUUGAGUCGAAAGUUAGAUCAGUUCACACACCGGGCAUACCAGUUAGACCGGGACUCUGACACCAUGCCUACGAUGGCUGGUUUCAUUGAAUAUUUAGAAAAGCGUGCUAUAGCGCUCGAAGAUAGUCAUCAAAAUAAACAUAGUACCUACUAUGAUGGUGCUAACAAACAUAUUAAUAAUAAAAGUACUUGCUAUGAAGGUACUCACAAAUCAAUACCUAAGGUUACAAAUGUGGUAUCGAAGUCGUUGCCGCCCUGUAGGUAUUGUGAUAAUAAAGACCAUCAGAUAUAUAACUGUCCCAUAUUUAAAAUUUUACCUACUGCCCAGAGGCAAUCUUAUGUAAAUGAAAAACACAUGUGUAAUAUAUGCCUUAAUAACCAUGAUGGUAAAUGUAAAUUUACUUUUAAAUGUAAAAUGUGUAAACAGGGCCACAACACAUUGCUGCACCAGGAGCGCAAUGUGAACGUGGACAAGCCCAGGGCAAAUAAUGAUGACAGUCAGCAGCCACUAUCAUCUGAUGCUGGGCUGCAUAAAAACUGAAAAUGGACCGGUAUUCCAGAAUACCAUGUUAGGAUAUAUUGUCGGAGGAAGUAUCCCCGAGCAAGGUAUUACAUGUAAUAUUGUAACAAAUUUAGUUAAUAAUAUAUCUGAUGGUGAAAAAUUGGAAAAUGUAAUGGAGCAAUUCUGGCUCUCUGAAAAACUUUCUGAAGUGGAAAAAUCUACAAAUGAUGAGUUUAUACAAGCUGAAAAAAUAUUUCAGGACUCUGUAUCACUUAAAGACUAUAGAUUUUAUGUUGAUAUGCCA